AAACAACUCUAUUCUACAAGUCGGACGGAACAUCACGAAAAUUAAACAUCUUGUGCGAAAGUUCCUUUCCACCAAUGACUCCAGGCCGUUUUUCCUCUACGUCGCUUUCCACGACCCCCACCGGUGUGGUCACACCCACCUUCAGUACAGGCGCGUUUUGCGAAAAGUUUGGCGAUGGCUCCCCGGGCAUGGGUCGGAUACCUGACUGGACACCACAGCCCUACGACCCUAGUCAAGUCGUUGUGCCCCCAUUCGUUCCCGACACCCCUGCAGCACGAGAGGACAUCGCAGCUCAGUAUACAACUGUUGGGCGGUUGGACCAAGGGGUGGGCCUCGUGUUGGCAGAGUUGGAGGCUGCUGGCUUCAGUGAUAACACUCUCGUUAUCUACUCUUCGGACAAUGGAAUUCCGUUUCCUAACGGACGGACCAACUUCUACGAGCCAGGGGUCCAGGAGCCCAUGAUAGUUCGCGACCCGGAAAAACCGGGAUCUGCCGGCACGCGUUCCGACGCACUGGUCAGCCUUCUCGACAUCGUGCCCACCGUGCUCGAGUGGUUCUCCAUUCCCGUUCCGCAGUACACCAUCUUCAAGAAGCCGGUCACGUUCACGGGUUCUUCACUGCUGCCACUGCUGGCGCAGCAAAAAUUGGCGACGUCGCGAGAUUUCAUCUACGCAAGCCACAACCUCCACGAGAUCACCAUGUACUACCCUUCAAGGAUGGUCCGUACCCCGAACAUGAAGCUCAUCCACAACCUUAACAACAAGAUGCCGUUCCCAAUAGACCAGGACUUCUACGUCUCUCCCACAUUCCAGGACUUGCUGAACCGAACGAAGCACGGAGAACCGCUCCGCUGGAGCAAGACGCUCGACGGCUACUACUACAGGGAUGAGUGGGAGCUGUACGACUUGGACAGCGACCCGAACGAGCUGUACAACGUCGCCGCCAACGAGACCUAUGCAACGGUCAUUUCCGAGCUGAAGCAGCUGCUCUUUAAGUGGCAGCGGGCGACGAACGACCCCUGGAUCUGCGCGCCGCAUUCGGUUCUGGAAGACUCGGGCCUGUACAAACAGGAUCCCAAGUGUCUCCCUCUCCUAAACGGACGGAGACUGACAACAGACCAGAAGGCGUGAUAAGAGCCUGGUCGAAAUUAAAGGACUGAAUUAUGAUGACAA